AUGUUGAUAAUCUCAAAGAUAAUCUCAAAUGCGAAAAAGUGUUUUUUUUUUCAGACAGCCGUCUCGUCAACAACCUACGCAUUACCGUCAUCGUUGUUGCCGUGCUCAUCGAAGGCUAAUGCGACCGAUAUCGGUCAGGGUCCGUCGGAUGCGAAGAGUUCUACGUUUAUGGAAACAAUGAAAACAAAAUUGAAGGAUCUGAACGCGGACGAGAUGAAUCAGCUGAUGCAUCGUAUCAAUGAACAUGUACGUAACAAAAUCGUCACACAACUCGCCUCACAAAUCGUCCAAAACUUCGAUGUGAAUCAGCACGACAGUAUGUUCAAUGAAAUCUUGAGUAUUGUCGAUAAGCACAACAAGACCAUUUGA